AUUGGUCGUGAUGGCCAAGUGUGCGACAGACCAGAAGAGGCUGAGGUGUUUGCAUUCGCACAAAUUCUCACUGCCACCUUCGGCUCUUUCGUCCACGGUGGUAAUGAUGUGGCUAACGCUAUUGGACCUGUUAUGGGUCUGUGGAUUGUUGCUACAAGUGGUGAUGUUCUGAUGACUGCAAUGCCAAAAGUUUGGAUUCUCUUCUACGGUGGUCUUGGCAUUUCAGUCGGUCUUUGGGUCUGGGGCCGAAAGGUUAUGCAGACGAUCGGUCAUGAUCUCACCGAAAUCACACCAACCACCGGAAUGUGCAUUGAAUUGGGUGCUGCUAUAACUGUGUUGAUUGCAAGUAAAGCCGGUCUUCCCAUCUCGACCACUCACUGUCUAGUCGGUUCCGUGGUCUUCGUCGGCUUCUUUCGUGAAAAGAAGAGUGUCAACUGGAAACUCUUUGUUGGAAUUGCCUUCGCUUGGAUGGUUACCUUGCCUAUAUCCUGUGGAAUUUCGUCUCUGGCAAUGUAUCUAUUCACAGUUGUGGCCUAA